AUGAAGCAAGAAAGCAACAACAACAACAAGAGGCCAUACGAAUCCCACAACGGAUUCAGCAACAACAGAUCAGACGGAGGCCACAUCCUGAGGCAUUUUUUUGACGACUGGCCUCGUUCUGAAGCCGACAAUAGUUCAAGCCCCAUGAGCUCAGCUACUUGUCUUUCCAUCUCCAUGCCCGGAAACUCUUCCUCAGACGUCUCUCUGAAGCUGUCCACAGGAAACGAAGAGGAAGGUCGGACCAACAACAACGGGAGAGACCAGCAAAACAUGAGCUGGUGGAGCGGUGGAGGGGCCAACCACAACCAUCACCACAUGGGCGGACCGUUGGCCGAAGCCCUUAGAUCUUCCUCUUCAUCUUCCCCAACCAGUGUUCUUCAUCAGCUCGGUGUCUCGACACAAGCAUUUCACUGA